CUCCGUGGCUGAUUGUAAUGCAGAAAACGACAUUCUUUAGCACCUGUUGUAUCAUGCAUCCAAAUGCCAAGAAGAACGAUUUGGAUCACUUUUGCAUUGACUGCUGUCGAUCUUUAUGUUCCAAUUGUCUUCCCGCUCACAUGCGUCACAAGCACGUUAAGAUUCGGAGAUACAUCUACAGUGAUGUUAUAAAUCAGAAAGAUUUACGCAAGCUCUUCGACUGUUCCGGUAUACAGACAUAUUAUACGAAUAAAGCCAAAGUGGUGUUCAUGAAACAAAGACCUUACCAACAACAGCAGCAGAAGAACAACUUAAGGGAUCAAUAUAGGUGCGUCACCUGUGAUAGGAGUCUGCAAGAUAAUAUAUAUUGCAGUAUAGCAUGCAAGGUUUCAGCCAUAUAUAGUAAUCAGACUAAUGAGAAAGAUGGAGACCUAGAGAAUGUAACAAUUGGAGACAGAAAAUGCCUGGCACUAUCGUUAUCCAAGAGGAGGAAAUUGAGGAAAGGAGCCCCUUUAAGGGCCCCCAUGUUUUGAUUCACCAUCAUAGGAUAGGAUUUAAUUAAAUGGAUCAUCACUGCUCAUAUGUAAUCAUAAUUAGUUUGUAACUUUGGAUUAGUUUAGUGUUAGGUGUAAUAUUGUGAGUAGGAUUGUGUGAAGCUCAGAUGUUUUUUUUAGCAAUGCUUCAUAAGUAUUGUUCUUUGUUUCUCUAAAAGGAAAAGAAGAAAGAUAAACAGAGUAAAAAGGUUAAGUACUGG